AUGAACGAGAGUAAGAGAAAGGGUGACAACACGCUGGACGACUCCAAUUCGGAUUUCGAGGAUGAUACAGACGACAGUUCAUAUCAGUUCGAAUUAUCGGAUUCGUCUGAUUCUGAGGAUUCCGAAGAUGACGAAAACAGUGAUGAUGAAUCUCCUCAGCCAUUGGUAAACAGUCCAAUAGAUUGGAAGGAGGCUGACUCCUCAUUCGUUCCGCGAAAGACAAUUCCGUCAUAUAGAAAACCAGUGAUUUGUUUGAAAGACGGUUGCAACGAAAUUGAUUCGUUCUUUUCAAUAUUUCCUAAAAGUUUAUUUAUGUGGAUCGCCGAGUGUACUAAUGAACGCCUUAAAAUUUUGGAGUUGAAAAAUAAGAAGAAGUAUGCUCCAACCGAUUAUCACGAAAUAAUGAUAGUGAUAGGAGUAACAAUCAUUAUGUCGUACAACAGAGUGCCGUAUAUGUCUAUGCUCUGGUCUCAAAAUAAAUCACUCAGAAACGAGGCCGUUGUAGCAGCGAUUUCGAGGGAUAGGUUUUUGCUACUAUACUCAAAGAUGUAUUUUAAUAAUCCCAAAAAACCUGCCAACGCAGGGAAAACAUAUUACAUGGAUGAGUUGCUUAGCUGUUUAAAAGGGACAUUUCUUCGUGCGAGAUCUGAGGCUACAUUCCAAAGUAUCGACGAGUGUAUGAUGAAAUGUAAGGCCCGCACUUCAUUGAAACAGUUCAUGAAAGACAAGCCCACCAAACGCGGCAUAAAAGGCUGGGUGAGAGCCGAUGCUGAAUCAGGAUACGUGUACGACAUCAAUUUGUAUACUGGCAAAUCAUGUGGAAACGAGGAAGGUACAUUGGGAGAAAGGGUGGUCAAUACGCUGUGUAGUACCAUACGCGACCCUGAUGUAGCAAUAGUAAUGGAUCGUUUCUUCUCGUCGGUUCGCCUCCACCAAACCAUAAAAUUUCCUAUCGUUGGUACUGUUAUCACCAAUAGACGAAACCUUCCAAAGAUGCCAGGCAAAUUAUCGCGAGGAGAUUCAAUGGCCAAAUGCACAAACACGGGCGUUAUUUGUUACAAAUGGCAAGAUACCAAAGAGGUUACUUUAUUGAGUAAUUGUCAUAGCCAUAUUAUCGAAACCACUCAACGAAAACAAAAAGACGGUUCGUAUAAGACGUUUGAUUGCCCACAGGCAAUUAAUUUUUAUAACAAAUUCAUGGGAGGCGUAGAUAAAGCUGAUCAAUAUUCUACCACGUAUGAGGUAGAUCGUAAGAGCACAAAGUGGUGGAAACGGGUAUUCCACAGAUUAUUGCAGAUUUCAGCAGUUAAUUCAUGGAUUUUGUACAAGCAGUUAAAAAAGAAGGACAUUCCUCUGAUUUACUUCUUGAUACCACUGGCUGCGCAGUUGAUAGACAUUGGUAAAAGUGCUUCAACAAAUGCACGGAACACAUCCACCGGGCGUCCACCAAAAAAACCGAAAUUCACGACUAUCAUAUCGCAUCAGCCUGUGGAAAUUCGUACGUCUCGUAGAUGUAGACACUGCGGCAGCAAAAAAAUCCAAAAGCGUACCUCAGUUCUAUGCAACACUUGCGACACACCUUUGUGUAUUUCAUGUUUUGUACCAUAUCACAAAUAA